GGGGACAGGGGACAGGGGACUAUAAAAACAUUGUAUAUAGGGAAGUUUUGCAUCAUUCUAAAAUCGACUUGUUAUUUUCAAAAAUACGUUUGGGCUAAGAAUUGGCUUCUAUUUGGAAGCCUUGUAUGGAGUGUAAUUAUACGUUUCGUAUGGUCACUUUUUUACACUUUUAACGCUGUACAGUCAGUGUACUUUACCUGUUAUGCCCCUGCUAGAGGCAGCUAGUUGCCAAAAAAAAGGAGAGAAACGAGAAUUUCCACCACUUUCUCCAUGAUGCAAUGUUGGCAGAAAAACACGUACUCAUUAUACGCUGAAGCAGCCAUCUUCUGUAAGAUAACAUCUCUUUCUUUUUAACAAGCAUUUCAUGACAAAUUCUUUUCUUUUUUUUUUUCUUCAUGCUUAUUCUGAUCUUGUUUGUGUCUUGACGUAUUAGAAUUUAAAUCUGUCCCUUUGUCAUCCUUUAAUCCUAAUUGCGUUAAUGCAAGAAGUAGCUGCAUAAGAAGUCUACUCGUUGUUUUGUGGUCAGUCUGUUGAAUGCGUUCUGCUAGAAGGACGUUAACUUCAACGCGAAAUACUAGCUGCAUUUCACAAACCCAUUAUAGUUGAUUUUUUUCGCGUACAAAUAAAACACGUAAGAUGGAGAGACUUCGUUGUGAUGUAAACAAAAGGAAAAGAAGUUUCAUGAUGGCGGAUAUUUUGUCUGAGGAACCUGCGGUGGAAAAUAUUAAGCUGAAAGACGGAGAUAACGAAGUAUUCAGAGAACUGUAUAACAACAACGAUUCACCCGCUUCACCAGAAGAAAGAAAGCUCCGCACGACCUUUUCAAGCGAGCAAGUAUUACUGUUAGAAAAACGUUUCAACAAGCAAAGAUAUCUCUCAGCGAACGAGAGACUCGAGCUCGCCAAAAAACUCAGAUUAUCAGAUAACCAGGUGAAAACCUGGUAUCAGAAUCGACGAAUGAAGUUAAAAAGACAAUUAAAAUUGCAAAUGCAACGCUAUCACGAACAGUUGUACUUUGAAAGUUUACAGAAAUGUUAUUUGCAGACGGAACAUUCUAUGUUGCUGAACUCACGUAACUGCAUACACGAAAUAAACCCUCAUCACAAUUUCUUCUCGCUAUCAGAACGAAACGCAUCUCGGUUACCGUCACCUUCUCCGCCUAAACUCGAACGAUGUGAAUGCAGUCAUAGUCUUACAACGCAAUAACGUUGGUUUUAAAUUUUCAAACUGAAAGAUGUAUAUAAUAAUAAAAAAUAUUGUAUAUUUUUGUAAAAUAAAUAGAUGUUUAUAGAUA